AUGGGCAAGCCAGUCGUGCUUCAACUGGGUGACGAUAUCCGAUGGAAUCAUGAGUUAUACGCCAAGUUCAACGAGCACUUCGAGGUCAAGAGGUCCUACAGCAUGUCUCGACCAGAGUUUAUCCGAGCUCUAAAAGAGCGCAAGUUCGGCGACUUCUUCGCCAUGUACCGACCAUUCUGGAACACUGGUGGUGAGAUGGGCAAUUGGGAUGAGGAACUGAUCUCUCUGUUGCCUGGUUCGUGCAAAGUGUUCGCAAGUGCAGGAGCUGGAUUCGACUGGGUGGAUACUGCUGCUUUGGCGAAGAAGGGUGUUGUCUACUGCAACGCUGCUGCAGCUUGCACCGAGUCUGUCGCCGACGCCGCCCUGUGGCUGAUCAUCUCCUCAUUUCGCUGUUUCUCCUGGUCUGCAAUUGCAGCACGCUCGCUGGACCCAGACCAGUUUGUUGAUGCCAACAAGAACCUCGCGCCCGUCUCCCUCAACCCCAAGGGCCACACACUCGGUAUCAUCGGUUUCGGUCAGAUCGGUCGCCGUACAGCUGAGAAGGCCUUCCUAGCCUUGGGAAUGAAGGUGAUCUAUUAUGAUAUUGUCCAGAUGUCUAAAGAGCUAGAGUCCGCCUCAGAUGCCACAUACCACAAGAGCAUGGACACCCUCUUGGCAGAGUCCGACUGUGUCGUGGUCGCCACACCUUUCAGCGGCGAGACCCUCUUGAACGCAUCUUUGAUGUCAAAGAUGAAAAGGGGCUCUAGGCUGGUUAAUAUUGCUCGUGGAAAGUUGCUCGAUGAGUCUGCUCUGAUCGACGCGCUCAAGCGGGGCCAUCUUUCUGCGGCUGGUCUGGAUGUGCACUUUAACGAGCCGCACGUCAACAAGACACUGGGUAAGAUGAAGAUGGUGGAAAUCUUGUCGCACAAUGCCGGUGCUUCUUUGGAUUCGCAUAUUGGGUUUGAACGUCUGGGUAUGGAGAACAUUCUAUCAUUCCUGCAGAAUGGCAAGGCCGUAACUCCUGUUAAUCAACAUUUGUUGGUCAAGGUGUCCUCGUCUAAGCUUUGA